UGGAAAAGGAGGAGCUUUCCCGUGCAUCUCCUCACGACUAUAUAAUAUAAACCACACAAUAACAAUGCUUCAACAUACUCCAAUCUCAAGCAGUAGCUGAGGCACAUCUCGCGAUGUCGUUCGCCUACUCCAAGAACUUCCUACGGCGCUUCUGUGUCGAGGAUUUCCAGACCGGGGGGGCCGAGGGAAGCAGCAGUAGCUUCUUCUCCAGCCAUCUCAUUCCCUCCCUCGGAGCGAGGAUCAAUCAAACCACGAGGCUUAGGAAGCACAUCAUCUCCCCUUUCAGUCCCCGGUAUAGGGCAUGGGAGAUGUUUCUGAUUCUCCUGGUCGUUUACUCCGCGUGGAUCUCUCCGUUCGAGUUUGCAUUCCUUCCCUACAAGCAAGACGCCAUGUUCGUUGUGGACAACAUUGUCAAUGCUUUCUUUGCUGUCGACAUCGUCCUCACCUUCUUCGUGGCCUACAUGGACAGCCAGUCGUAUCUUCUGGUCGACGAUCACAAGAAGAUAGCAUUGAGGUAUGUGUCGACCUGGUUUGGUUUUGAUCUCUGCUCGACAGUGCCGUUUCAAGCUCUCAGCAUACUCUUCACAGAUCACAGCGGCGGAUUAGGCUUCAAAUUGCUCAGCAUGCUCCGGUUGUGGCGUCUCAGACGGGUCAGCUCCCUCUUUGCAAGGCUCGAGAAGGACACCCGGUUCAACUAUUUCUGGACUCGCUGCACCAAGCUCGUGUCGGUCACUCUGUUCGCGGUGCACACUGCUGGCUGCUUCAACUACAUGAUUGCUGACAGGUAUCCGGACCCGCAGAAGACGUGGAUUGGCGCGGUCUAUCCAGAUUUCAAACGGUUGAGCCUCUGGGACAGAUACAUAACCGCAAUGUAUUGGUCCAUCGUGACUCUAACUACGACAGGUUACGGGGACUUACACGCGGAGAACCCGAGAGAGAUGCUGUUCGGAGUCUGCUACAUGCUGUUCAACCUCGGACUCACAGCAUACAUCAUAGGAAACAUGACAAACCUCGUCGUGCACUGGACCAGCCGCACGAGAACCUUUAGAGACUCUAUCCGCGCUGCUUCGGAGUUUGCAAAGAGGAAUCAGCUGCCCCCGCGGAUUGAAGACCAGCUCCUGUCGCAUAUAUGUCUCAAGUUCAAGACGGAAGGGUUGAAGCAGCAGGAGACGAUGAAUGGCCUGCCGAAGGCCAUUCGUUCCAGCAUUGCGCAUUACCUGUUUUACCCCGUUGUUCAAAAUGCCCGUCUCUUCCACGGGGUUUCACAGGAGUUCCUUCUCCAACUGGUACCGGAGAUGGAGGCUGAGUACUACCCUCCCAGGGAAGACGUUAUUCUGCAAAACGAGGCUCCAACAGAUGUAUAUAUACUGGUCACCGGAUCAGUGAAAUUCGCUGUCAAAAUCAACGGACAGGAUCAUGUAGUCGGAAAGGCUUCAGCAGGGGAUAUUUUCGGGGAGGUAGGAGUCUUAUGUGGAAAGCCACACCCGUUUGGUGUUCGAACGACAGAAGUCGCUCAGAUACUACGGCUGAACAGAAGCACGUUUCUCAACAUUCUUCAUGCUUAUUCAGAAGACGAGCGCGUUGUUAUGAACAAUCUUUUCAUGAAAAUGAAAGCAUGCGGUGGCUUCAACGUAGAGGGCCAGCAUGAUCCAAGUCUGAACACAACAAGAUGUUUUGAUGGAGACAGUUAUAGUCACACUCGGUAUCAAGAUAAUUUCCACAACGAGGCGGUGAAACAGCAUACAGUAUAUAUCGAGAAUUCAAGUUGUACGACAGCACAUCCAAAAGAGAGUAACGAUACCAAAGGAAGCAAAGCUGAAGUGGAUUCUUCUACAGAGGAAGGCCAAACAUCUCUCAACGUUGCUAUUCGACAGGGUCAUAUAGAGACGGUCCGUUUUCUGCUGGAAAGAGGUGCAAAUGUGAACAUACCGGAUGCGAGAGGUUGGACACCAAAGGCAUUAGCAGAAAUGCAAACAGAUAGAGGCAUAUACGACCUUAUACUAAAUUAUGAAAAUAAAAAGAAACCUGACGGGAGCAUCAAUGACGCGGCCAAUCAUGCACAAGCAGUAAUUCCGGAGAAGAAGAGAGUCACCAUUCACAUUAAGUGUGAAAAUAGUAAGCAUUCGGAAAAGAAGCUCCCAAAGCUAAUAGUCCUACCUCAUUCAAUAGAAGAUCUACUCAAAAUAGCAGGUAAAAAAUUCGGAGAUGGCAGCAUCGCAAGCAUAGUAAAUGCAGAAAAUGCAGAGAUAGACGACAUAAGUGUCGUGCGAGAUGGUGACCAUUUGUUUUUCUUAUCAAGCCAGAGCAAAGAUCAAGCAUAAUGUUAGCUAACAAUCACAAUGACUAUAACCACAUGUGUAGGGCAAAGCCAAUUCUCACAGAAAUAAUAGUAUACAGACAUUUUAACACUGACCUAUCA